AUGGUUCUAACAAGAGCCCAAUACAGAAAAAAAUUAAAUUAUCAACAUCUCCAACAACCCCAACAACCACAACAACCACAACAGAAGCAACAACAGCAAAAACGCGGUCGAGGAAGGCCACGAAAAAAUAUUCAACCCAUUCAACCUAAAGCUCAACAACCAUCACCACAGCAAAAACAAAAAGACAAAUUUUGUAUUGCAAUGAAUAAUUACUUAUUUAAGAUGCUAAAAGAAGUGAUCGAUGAAAAAACUGAAUUCUUAGUAUUGGCUUGUGACGCUUCAUUCGUAAAAAUAUUUCAACGACUUAUUUAUCCAAAGUGCUUGUGGAGAUUUAAUGAAUCAUGCUUAACUAUAGAUGGUGGAGAUUGCGGUAUAGGAUGGAAUAUAUGGAAUGUUGGUCCUGAAUAUCAUUUGCCUGAUGAUGUUAAGGAUGGUUUAGAAGAUUCGGGAAAUUCUUUCUAA